UCUAUCUAUCUAAGUCUUUAGUUUCUUAGUCUUUGACUUUUGCGAAUGUGUGUGACUGAUUAUUUACAAAAUAUUUUGCAGUGAUAAGAAUUAUUACCAGUUUUUCUUAUCAUUCGUGAUAUUGAUAAACGUUAUAUCUAACUGUUAUACUGUGUGCUUGGUUCAGAAAUGGUUUUGUUACGAGUUGGAAUCAUAAAAAACCUUAUAACUUCGUCUCAAUACAGACAAAUGCAUCUACUGAAGAAUUUAGCUUACGUGAAUGGAGAAUGGGCAAAGGCCGGUAGUAACGUAGUGUAUUCUAUAAAAAAUCCAGCGGAUGACAGUGUGAUAGCUGAAGUACCGGAUAUGGAUGCAUCGGAUGCAAAAUGUGCUAUAGAUGCUGCGGCGAAUGCUUUCGUAACUUGGCGGUGGACUACUGCUAAGGAACGUUCGCGCAUUCUAAGAAAAUGGUAUGACUUGUGUGAACAAAAUACCGAAGAAUUAGCGAAGUUAGUCACAGCCGAAUCUGGGAAACCUUUAGCUGAAUCAAGAGGUGAAAUUGCUUAUGGAAAUUCUUUCCUCGAAUGGUAUGCUGAUACCGCUCGUCACAUUAAUGGAGAAAUAAUACCCAGUCCAUGGCCCAACAAGCAUAUUUUGAUGACCCGUCAACCUAUUGGAGUGGUUUCUGUGAUAACACCAUGGAAUUUUCCAUUUGCUAUGAUAACGAGAAAAGUAGGUGCAUUGAUGGCAGCCGGAUGCACUUGUGUUGUGAAACCAUCAGAAGACACCCCAUUGACUGCCCUGGCUGCUGCUGAACUAGCUGAACAAGCUGGAGUGCCCAAAGGAAUUUUUAAUGUCAUUACAACAAGCAGAAAGAAUGCUGCAUCAGUGGGUAAAGUCCUAUGUGAAGAUCAUGCUGUAGGUUGCAUAUCAUUUACUGGUUCUACACAGGUGGGGAAGAUAUUAUAUGGCUUAGCUGCUAAUGGAAUUAAGAAAGUAGCAUUGGAAUUAGGUGGAAAUGCACCUUUCAUUGUUUUUCCAAGUGCUGAUAUUGAGCAUGCACUAGAUCAAGCUAUGUUGGCUAAAUUCAGAAAUAAUGGUCAAGCUUGUGUAGGAGCAAAUAGAUUUUUAAUACAUGAAGAUGUGUAUGACAAAUUUGUGAAGGGUAUGAAAGAUAGAAUUAGUGACAGAUGUGUACUGGGCCCUGGUACAAAAGAGGGUGUAACCUGUGGCCCUCUGAUAAAUUUAAACCAAGUUAAAAAUGUGUCUAAGUUAGUUGAUGAAGCUAUUUCACAGGGAGCCAAAGCACUGAUUGGAGGGAAAGUAAGAAAAGAACUUGGUGACAAAUUUUAUGAGUCAACAUUAUUGGUAAAUGUGAAACCAAGUAUGUCAGUUUUUACUAAUGAGGUUUUUGGUCCUGUUGUGUCUUGUGUCAAAUUCAGUACUGAAGAAGAAGUUUUGAAAAUUGCUAAUAGUACCCGCAGUGGUUUGGCUUCCUAUGUGUUCACUAAAGAUCUUGGGCAAGCCUUUAGAAUGUCUACCAAAUUGGAAUUUGGAAUGGUUGGAAUCAAUGAUGGGUUAUUAUCAGCUGCGGAACCAGCAUUUGGAGGAAUUAAAGAAUCUGGAAUUGGUAGAGAGGGCAGCAAACAUGGGGCAGAAGAAUACACUGAAUUGAAAUACACUCUCAUGUCUGGUUUGGACAAAUAAAAGUCACUAUAUUUAGGUUUUGCCUAAUUUUGUUGCCAUAUUAAUUUAAGUAUUUAACCAAUUUAUUUGUACUCAGUAAAUUUAUUCAUUAUUUAACUUUUAAUACUAUACAAAUAAAAUGAUGUUAAUUAAAGUUAUACAGAAAUCUGGGAACAUAAAGUAAGCAUGCAUGAAUGAAAGUGCGUAAUGAAGUAGUGUGAUUGUCAGUUCUGUAGCAACAUUCAGUAACACAGCUUUAGCUGAAUACCAUUCCAGUCUUCCAUUAUAUUGUGAUGUGUGUCAUAGCGCUAAGAUUAGUUAUAAGGUUGCUAAACUAUUGUUUAGAAAUAUAAUUUUAACAAUUACCUGUAAUGUAUACAUAAAAAAUGUGCAAUUAAGAUUCCUUUCAAUAAUAUUAUUCAUUGUUAUUAUUUAAUUUGAGUUUUAAAUAUACACUUUUGUUAUCA